GUUUCCUGUCAAGAUGGCGGAUAAUCUCCCUUCGGAGUUUGAUGUGAUCGUAAUAGGGACGGGUUUGCCUGAAUCCAUCAUUGCAGCUGCAUGUUCGAGAAGUGGCCAGAGGGUUCUGCAUGUUGAUUCAAGAAGCUACUAUGGAGGAAACUGGGCCAGUUUUAGCUUUUCAGGACUGUUGUCCUGGAUAAAAGAAUAUCAGGAAAAUAGUGACGAUGUGAAUGAAAAUCUAACAUGGCAAGAGCAGAUCCUUGAAAAUGAAGAAGCCAUCACUCUUAGCAAGAAGGACAGAACCAUUCAACAUGUGGAAGUAUUUUGUUAUGCCAGUCAGGAUUUGCAUGAAGAUGUUGAAGAAAUUGGUGCACUGCAGAAAAAUCACGCUUCUGUGACAUCUGCGAACUCCACAGAAGCUGCAGAUCCUGCCUGCCAGCCUCCAGAAGAUGAGUCAUUAAGCACUGAGAGCUGUGAAAUGCCCGCAGAACAAACUCUAAGCAGUGAUCCAGAGAGUGCCCUAGAAGUAAAUGAUGCUGAAGCAACAGGGGAGAAAGAAAACUAUUGUGAUGAUAAAACUUGUGUGCUGUCAACUUCAGGAGAAGAAACAAGUGAAAAUGUGCCUACCGCGGAAGACACCGCAGAGCAACCAAAGAAAAAUAGGAUUACUUACUCUCAAAUUAUUAAAAAAGGCAGAAGAUUUAAUAUUGAUUUAGUAUCAAAGCUGCUGUAUUCACGAGGAUUGCUAAUUGAUCUUCUGAUUAAAUCUAAUGUUAGUCGAUACGCAGAAUUUAAAAAUGUUACCAGGAUUCUUGCAUUUCGAGAAGGAAGAGUGGAACAGGUUCCUUGUUCUAGAGCAGAUGUCUUUAAUAGUAAGCAACUUACUAUGGUAGAAAAGCGAAUGCUAAUGAAAUUUCUUACAUUUUGUAUGGAAUAUGAAGAGCAUCCUGAUGAAUAUAAAGCCUAUGAGGAGAUUACAUUUUCCGAGUAUUUAAAAACUCAAAAGUUAACCCCCAACCUUCAAUAUUUUGUCCUUCAUUCAAUUGCAAUGACAUCAGAGUUAGCCAGCAGUACCCUAGAUGGUCUUAAAGCUACCAAAAACUUUCUUCGCUGUCUUGGGCGAUAUGGCAACACUCCAUUUUUGUUUCCUUUAUAUGGCCAAGGAGAACUUCCCCAGUGUUUCUGCAGGAUGUGUGCUGUGUUCGGUGGAAUCUAUUGUCUUCGCCAUUCAGUAAAGUGCCUUGUAGUGGACAAAGAAUCUGGAAAAUGUAAAGCAAUCAUAGAUCAGUUUGGCCAGAGAAUAAUCUCUAAGCAUUUCCUUGUUGAAGACAGUUACUUUUCUGAGAACACGUGCUUGCAUGUACAAUACAGGCAGAUCUCCAGAGCAGUCCUGAUUACAGAUAGAUCUGUACUAAAAACAGAUUCAGACCAACAGAUUUCCAUUUUGACAAUACCAGCAGAGGAACCAGGAACUUCUGCUGUUCGGGUCUUUGAGUUAUGUUCUUCAACAAUGACGUGCAUGAAAGGCACCUAUUUGGUUCAUUUGACUUGUACAUCUUCUAAAACAGCAAGAGAAGAUUUAGAACCAGUUGUACAGAAAUUGUUUACUCCAUAUACUGAAACGGAAAUAGAAAAUGAAGAAGUUGAAAAGCCAAGACUUCUAUGGGCUCUUUACUUCAAUAUGAGAGAUUCCUCAGACAUCAGCAGGAUCUGUUAUAAUGGCUUACCAUCCAAUGUUCAUGUCUGCUCUGGUGCAGACUGUGGUUUAGGAAAUGAGAAUGCAGUCAAGCAGGCUGAAACACUUUUCCAGCAAAUCUGCCCUAAUGAAGACUUCUGUCCACCCCCACCAAAUCCUGAAGACAUUGUCCUGGAUGGAGACAGUUUACAACCAGAGGCUUCAGAAUCCAGUGCCAUACCAGAGGCCAACUCAGAGGCUCCCAAAGAAAGCACAAACCUGGGAAGUCCAGAGGAGUCCUCUGAAUAAUGGAUAUACAACAAACUGGAGACCCCCACUUUGGAAAUUCCAGCUGGCCUGUGUCUUCUUGAUGGAAGGACUAUUUGAAAAAUCUUAGAAAGCAGCAGCUAGUUGCCAAGCAGAAUUAUAAAGAGAAAUAACUCAUAGAAAUUCAAGAGGGGUUUUUCCUUAAUAAGGACAUUCCAAGAACACAAAAUACUUGUAAGCACAUUGACUUGCCAAUUUCAAGAUACCAAACCUGUGGGAUUAGCAGAUGAAAAGUAAAAGUAAAUCGAUUCCCAGGAAUAUAGCUAUAGAUAUGAAAGUGAUCCUAUGCAUUAUUAAUAAUUCUGUGGUUGGUAUUAGGACAACUUUUGCUUGCCACUUUGAAUUGUUGUUUGAAAGCCACAUCUUCAGAGUCAAUUCACAUAAUUCCUUCAUUGUUUGAAUUAUAUUUCCUUUAUGGAUAUUAUUAGUAUCUUGACAUAAAUGAUAAAAGCAUAUAUAAAAUUUUUGAGAAAAACUGAAGUAUCCAUGUUCCAGGCAAUAGCCUGUUUGGAAUAGAGUUUUGAUUUGUAUUCUUUUCUCUGUUGAGAAGUAUUAAAUAUGCUAAUAUUAAGGCAUUUAGACAUUUUUACAAACAAAUCAUGAAUCUAUUACUUUAUCUUUUAAUGUUAAUGAUAUUUGUAUGUUAAUUAUUCACACAUUAGGAAAGCUCAAUAAUGAAAUGAAAAAAUUGAAGGAAAGGUUUGGAUAGACUCAUUGGUAUUUGGAGAUUCUGAAUAGUCAAGUGAUGGGUACACUAGCCUAAAUGUCUACAAACCCAAUUUAGUCUUGGCUGUAUUACUAAUCAUAUUAGGCAAAUUGUUUAACAUACGAGCCUCAGUUUCUCCAUAUGUAAAGUGGUUAGUAAUACCCUGCUGUCUGAAUGAGAAUGAUUAUGAAGAUAUAUGUAUUGCCAUCAUUAGAAUGGAUUUUCUAGGAGAAAAAUUGCUUCUGAUUUUUCCCAUUGGCUUGGGGAUGAAUGUCAAAAGUUUCAUGUAAAUAAUUACUUCCUAUCAACUCCUUGACAAAAUGAUGAUCAGUAUUUUUUUGAAUCAAGCUUUUUAAAUGAACAUUUGUUUCUUAAAUUAGUAUUUUGUAGUCUCAUAAACUACUCACAUAAUAAUGUAUGGAAUAGUGGUUUUGGAAUUGUAUUAAGGAAAACAAGGAAAUUUCUUCAUGUUCCUUUUCCAGUAGGUAAAACUAAAAACACCAAGGACUCUGAAUAGAGCAUGAAAGUUGGUAAACCCUAAUAUACACUCCACAUAAAAAUCAUAGGGCUGUAAAUAAACAGCUAAUUUAGUUAUGGUGACAGUGCCUAUAUUUAAAUUUUCCCAAAUGCCAAGCUCUGGUGGACUACAUUUUUUAAGCAAUAAUUGGACUUGCAACUGCCCAUAAAUAAAUAAACUCAAAGUUUCUCGUUGCAAGGUCUGGCCUGUGUUGCCUGCUGGAACCAUGGCUCCAGUGGCAAGCACAUAAUUCUUACACAUUUCAGCUGCAGCUGGUCUUUGACCUUACCAGAUUUCAGAGGUCUUAAAGGAAGCUAGCUGUGGCAGGCAAUAGGUCCAUUGGAAAUGGGAAGAACCAGGAAUGUAGAUACAGAUGUAUCUUAAUCCAGAAGAAAGGAAAAACAUCCCAGCCUCUUAGAUUGCUCCUCAUCCUCCCUCCCAAUGUACUGCCUGUUCCUUUUCUCUUUAAU